AUGUCAAACCCCACUCGCACUCCAGGUCCAAACCACUCGCGUGCUCAAUCAACAUCACGUCUCUCUACUGUCCCGACUUCCGCCUCCAAAUCACGUCAGCUUUCACAUCUUCACGCUCAAUUAGCACAGUUGACUGCCAACAUGUCGGAUCUGGAGAACUUGUUACGAAUGACUGCAGUACAGGCGGAAGGUAUGAGAGGGCUGGGUGGGUAUGCUGGUGGAAUGUUCAUGGCAGCUUCCAAAGUGCUGGGCGAGGAGACCGUGAGCGGCAAUGGAGCUGGCGGUCAAGGAAGUGCUGAAAAGUAG